GGUCACGGCGGUCCUGGCCACGACGGCACCGCAGGGGCCUUGGAGCGGCGUCCCGGGCCGAUGUCCCAGGUGAGUGGCCAGCGCCCCCCUCAUUGCGACGCGCCCCAUGGAGCCCCCAGCGCAGCCCCGGGGCCAGCCCAGAUCCCAUCCCUCCUGCCUGGGCUAGAGGUAGUAACCAGAUCCACUCACCCUGUGGAGGCAGCGCUAGAGGAAGGCUCCCUGGAGGAAGCGGCACCCCCCAUGCCCCAAGGCAAUGGCCCUGGGGCCCCUCAGCCCCUGGACAGUACUGACCUCGAUGUCCCCACAGAAGCUGUGACACGCCAGCCUCAGGGGAACCCCGUGAGCUGCACCCCACUAGUGGCGAAUGGCUCAGGCCACCCCUCAGAGCUGGGCAGCGCCAGGCGGGCGGGGAACGGUGCCCUAGGUGGCCCCAAGGCCCACCGGAAGUUGCAGACGCACCCAUCUCUCGCCAGUCAGGCCAGCAGGAAGAGCAAGGGCAGCACCAAAUCUACUGCCUCCCAGAUCCCCCUCCAGGCGCAGGAAGACUGCUGCGUCCACUGCAUCCUGUCCUGCCUGUUCUGCGAGUUCCUGACGCUGUGCAACAUCGUCUUGGACUGCGCCACGUGCGGCUCCUGCAGCUCCGAGGACUCGUGCCUCUGCUGCUGCUGCUGCGGCUCGGGCGAGUGCGCCGACUGCGACCUGCCCUGCGACCUGGACUGCGGCAUCGUGGACGCCUGCUGCGAGUCCGCCGACUGCCUGGAGAUCUGCAUGGAGUGCUGCGGGCUCUGCUUCUCCUCCUGACCGCCGCCGCCCCUGCAGCGCCCCUC